AACACCCAGGACAGAAGCGGGGCUCGGUGUAAACGUCGAGGCGACUUUUUAAGAGCUUGUUUUUUUAUUAUUUCGUCAGCACUAUUUCAUAUGUGUAAACCCGGCUGCUGUUUUUGCGAGGAGUGAGGGAACUACCGUCAGCAUCUAAAGGAGACGACAUCUGGCUUCACACGGUGAGCAUCAGCAGCCUGUAGAUAAUGGACAUGGUUUACACAGCAUCUGGAAUAAUGGGGACACAUUAUCCCCGUACAGCAUGUCAGGCCAUGUGAAGAGGGACUAUGGAAGGCCAAAAUGCAAUAAACAGUCCAAAACAGAGGGAUGAUGGAGACAGAGGGAGUCAUACAAACAACAACACAUUCGAUCCGAUUUUAAUGAAAUCAACAACUCUGACAUGGUGCACAGCUGCCUUGUACAAAGGUGGAAAGGAGCUGGUGAAACAGUCACAGUUAUAAAGCUGAAUGAGGAAACGAGAGGUGCACAUUUCUUUGGAUCACGUUGCUGAAAAAAUGAGUAGGCGUACUCGAUGUGUGCAUAUGACACAGGACUAACUGAGUCAACUGAAAGCGCUGGAAGGUGUGACCACAAAUGACGUAGCUAUGUAAGAAGACUUCUCUCCGAUGCACGGGUCCUGACAAUCAACACACUACUGUGAUUCAUGCCACAUAUGUGGUACCUCAGGGGGAUACGCCGGUUCAUUAGCAGAAGAAAAACAAGCAGAUGAUGAAUACCUGAGUUUUCUCAGCGUUCGUCCUUAGACCAACACAUUUAAAAAAAAUUUGAUUGAAGGAAGCAUGUUCUGAAUGUGCACCAUGCCUAGGAACCGAGCCUUUUCCGAGCCAGAGUACUCUGCGGAGUAUUCUGCAGACUGCUCUGUGACGCUGCCCUCUGACCCCGGGCAGGCGGUUGGGCGAACCCAUGAGGUCACAGUUCGGAGCUCAGGAUGCUGCCUCUGCCUGCCGCGGUUCAUGCGCCUCACCUUCGCGCCUGAGUCUCUGGAGAACCUCUACCAGACCUACUUCAGACGGCAGAGACACGAAACCCUGCUGGUGCUGGUCGUCUUUGCCGCCCUCUUUGACAGCUACAUCAUCGUCAUGUGUGCGGUGGUCUACACCACUGACAAGCUGGCUUCUGUCUUGGUGGCAUCAGUGGGACUGGCGGCCGAUAUUGUCCUCUACCUACUGUGCCGGUUUGGGCUGCUUCCAGACCGCAUAUCGAGACGGGUGGUGCCCUACGCCCUGUGGGUGCUCAUAGCGGCUCAGAUAUUCUGCUACCUGGGACUGAACUAUGCCCGCUUCCACCAGGCCAGUGACACGGUGGGCUGGCAGGCUUUCUUCAGCUUCUCUUUUUUCCUGACUCUGCCUCUGAGGCUGACACCCAUCGUGCUCAUCACCACUGUGUCCUGCGGGGUCCACACCCUGGUUCUAGGCGUCACGAUUGCCCAGCAGCAACAGGAACACAUCCAGGGGGCCGCACUUGGAAGACAGCUACUGGCCAACAUAGUGAUCUAUGUCUGUGCCAUCACUGUGGGCGUCAUGUCGUACUACAUGGCUGACCGCAAGCAUCGGAAGGCUUUUCUGGAGGCCAGACAGUCCCUGGAGGUCAAACUGAACCUGGAGGAGCAGAGCCAGCAGCAGGAGCGUCUGCUGCUCUCCAUCCUUCCAAAGCACAUAGCUGAUGAGAUGCUUCAGGACAUGAAGAAGGAACCCAGUCAGAAAGAGAUGCAGCAGUUCAACACCAUGUACAUGUACCGACACGAGAACGUCAGUAUUCUGUUCGCAGACAUCGUGGGCUUCACUCAGCUGUCGUCGUCAUGCAGCGCUCAUGAGCUGGUCAAACUGCUCAACGAGCUCUUCGCUCGCUUCGACAAACUGGCUGCAAAAUAUCACCAGCUGAGGAUCAAGAUCCUGGGAGACUGCUACUACUGCAUCUGUGGGCUGCCUGACUACAGGGAGGACCACGCUGCGUGCUCCAUCAUGAUGGGGCUGGCCAUGGUGGAGGCUAUCUCGUACGUCAGAGAGAAAACGCAGACAGAUGUUGACAUGCGAGUCGGAGUGCACAGUGGGACCGUCCUGGGGGGGGUACUCGGGCAGAAACGCUGGCAGUACGACGUCUGGUCCACAGACGUCACUGUGGCCAACAAAAUGGAGGCUGGAGGAAUACCAGGGCGCGUCCACAUCUCUCAGAGCACCAUGGAGUGUCUUCAUGGAGAGUUCGACACAGAACCAGGAAACGGAGGAGACCGCUGCGACUACCUGAGGGAGCGCGGCAUCGAGACCUACCUGGUGGUCGUUCCUAAAGUACCUGUGGGGAAGAACGGCAUCAACGGCGUAAAGCUGUCUGUUACCUCUUCCAAUGGAAACUCCCCGCUGUUGAUCAACACCACAGAGUGUAACGGCAGUGUUAACACCGCCUGCACCACCCCCGAGGAACCGGAGGAACUGGACACAAGGGUGGUGAAUCCGUCCUUCCCGAACCCUCGGAGGAGGCUGCGACUGCGGGACCUGGUCGAGAGGGUGAUCGACGCUCAGGAGAACGAGCAGGAGCUCAACAAGCUGCUGAACGAGGCUCUGCUGGAGAGAGAGACCGUGCAGGCUCUGAAGGGGAAACACACCAACAGGCUCUCCCUGAGGUUUGUGGAUCCGGAGCUGGAGACCCGUUACUCCGUGGAGAAGGAGAAGCAGAGUGGAGCGGCCUUCUGCUGCUCCUGUGUGGUGCUGCUCUUCACCGCAGCCAUGGAGGCUCUCAUAGACCCCUGGCUGAUCGCAAACUACAUCACCUUUGCAGUGGGAGAGGUGCUGCUGCUCAUCCUGACCAUCUGCUCUCUGGCAGCAAUCUUCCCCAGAGUCUUUCCAAAAAAGUUGGUCUCUUUCUCCACCUGGAUUGACCACACCCGCUGGGCUCGGAACACCUGGGCCAUGGCGGCCAUCUUCAUCCUCACUAUGGCCGACAUCAUGGACAUGCUGAGUUGUUUGCCUCAAGUUCCAGACUCAGGCAGCACCACAGCGGCCCCCCCCUCCUCCCCUUCCUCCAACUCCUUGUCAGGCCCGGGUGGUUGUCUGUACAACCCCAAAUACUACAGCUACAUCGCCGUGCUGGCGCUGAUGGCCACCACCAUGCUGGUUCAGGUCAGCCACAUGGUGAAGCUCACGCUGAUGCUGCUCAUCACGGGGGCCACGGGCAUCGUCAACAUCUACAGCUGGAGGGACAUCUUCGACCGCUACGACAUGGCCCGCUUCCAGGACUACAGCUCUUACCUGGUGCCCUCCAAGUUCACAAUGACAAUUAUGAUCUUCAUUAUGAUGGUCAGCUUCUAUUAUUUCUCCAGACAUGUGGAGAAGCUCGCCCGCACCCUGUUCCUGUGGAAGAUAGAGGUCCAUGAGCAGAAGGAGAAGGUGUACGAGAUGAGGCGCUGGAAUGAAGCCCUGGUGACCAACAUGCUACCGGAACACGUGGCCCGACACUUCCUGGGCUCCAAGAAAAGGGACGAGGAGUUGUACAGCCAGUCCUACGAUGAGAUUGGGGUCAUGUUUGCCUCCAUUCCUAACUUCUCGGACUUCUACACGGAGGAAAGCAUCAAUAACGGGGGGAUAGAGUGCUUACGCUUCCUAAACGAGAUCAUCUCAGACUUUGACAGUCUGCUGGAUGAGCCUCAGUUCCGCUGCAUCACAAAGAUAAAGACCAUCGGCAGCACCUACAUGGCCGCGUCAGGAGUCACCCCGGACGUCAGCAACGGCUACAGCUGCAUAAAGAAGGAGGAGCAGUCUGACAGAGAGCGCUGGCAGCACCUGGCAGACCUGGCAGACUUCGCUCUGGCCAUGAAAGUCACACUCAUGAACAUCAACUACCAAUCAUUCAACAACUUCAUGCUACGCAUCGGUCUGAAUAAGGGUGGAGUGUUAGCAGGAGUAAUCGGUGCCCGGAAACCCCACUACGAUAUCUGGGGCAACACUGUGAACGUGGCCAGCCGCAUGGAGUCUACGGGGGUGAUGGGAAACAUCCAGGUGGUGGAAGACUGCUACAACAUCCUGAAGGAGUACGGCUUCCGCUUUGUGAGGAGGGGACCCAUCUUAGUUAAGGGAAAAGGUGAACUGCUCACGUAUUUCCUGAAGGGAAGAGACAAACAGGGCUCAUUUAUCAACGGCUCCUCUGUCACUCUGCCACACCAGGUGGUGGACAGCUAAGGACUCGCACACAAACACAUACACAUACACACACUCCCCAGCAGUUACAUCCAAUGUGUGUAAUGAUUGCAGAGUGAGAGAGUUUCUGGAACGAGAAGUAAUUUGCCAAAAAAACGCUCCGGUACCUGGAUUCAACCAAAUGUUUACAAAUCACAGAACCACUACACACUUCAUAGACAUCUCAGACACACACACACACACACACACUUGUUCUCUGUCUGUGGAAAGAUAUAAAAGCCUGUAGAGAUUGUAUUUAAAUUCAAUGUCACCACAGAACUCAAAACUGAAUAAUUACAAGUUGAUAUAAAAUAGAAAUAGUAAAAAACUUCGGGAACAUCUUGAUGCAGACUCUAUAAAACAAAUAAAUAACCCACAUAAAGUCAAGCCAAAGUGUCACAAGAUGGACAUAUUUUCAUUUUCAUGGUGGCAAUUCAUUUACUUUCUGUAUAAAGAAAGAGAAGCUGUAUUCCCCCCACCCGAAUGGAAUGGAGAUGGAGGUUAAUGGACUUUUGUUUGUAACUGGAGUGAGCUGGAUGUGUGUUUUCACAUUCUCCUGCUACAAAAAAAAAGUGAUAUGAAGGUUUCUUCAGUAUUCUCCUGCUACAAAUCUUCACACCUUCAGACACACACUCUCCUUCUGCUCAUUAAAAAAGACAAAUCCAUUCCAGCAGCUUUUCAUCAAACCAGGGACAUUUGCACCCUAACCAUUCAGCUAUCAAAACCAGGUAUUAAAUAUCAUUUCAAUCCAAUUUCAUCCACUGCGGAUCAGCAAGAGGAUAAAUAAUCCAAACUGGUUUUAUUUAAUUCAAAUACAAUCAUAGGUUUUAUCUCUUUCCAGAUGAAAACAUUGAUCUCACACACACACACACACACACACACACACACACACACACACACAAGGCCUUUUCACACCUGACCACAUUAACACUACGUAGCUUUUGGACGCCCAGCCUAAAUUCUGGACCGCUCCCCAUGUACAACAUCCUUCCAUGAAACGGAAAGCCGAUCUGAGCUCAGAUUUCCGGUCUCCUAUGAAGAAGAGGAUUUGGAAGCGGACCAACGAGAGGCCAGAAGUGACAAUAGAGCUGCUGCCAAUAUGUGCGCAUAGUGUUUUCCUGCAAAAUCAAAGUAUUCUCUCUCGUGUGUGAUCUGAAGACUGAUCGCUCCUCGGUGUACACACCUCUGGAGAGGCUCCAGGCCCCCUGCGUGAGGGGUGUUGGAGAUUUAAGGGUGUACGGAGAGAGACAGGGUUCAGGUCAGAGGGUAGAACACAUGGCAGGAAUAUGUUUCACUCUGAUUGUGGAUUGAUGGAAGUGCCUAUCACAGCUGUGAUGUUUUCAUGAAGUUAAAGGAGUCCAUAGCCUUCUACAGGUAGUCUUUGAGUCUUUUCACAUUGCUGUGUGAGGACAUUCCAGUUUAUUUCAGCAACUCCACGUUCUAUUGAAUUAGUAGCUGAGAUCUGGAAACAUGAUGAAAUCACCAAAAAGGUUCAAGAAAGUCUGAGCAUCAGAAAGUUUGGAAACACAGCAACUUAUUAUUAUUAUUUAACUUAAAUUUCACUUAAGAUAAAACGAAGGAUUGCACUGUAACAUUAUUACCCAUAUUUUCAACAUCCAAAACAGUUUAUAAACCCAGCCUGCCUAAACAUUGACAUACUGUACCUAGCAAGCCCCCAGGAAGAGUGGCGGCAAUUAAAGCAAAAUGUUGUAGAGGCCAAACGGUGGUACUACAACUUCCUUGUCAGUUUGUGACAUUGGGCCACAAGAAGACUUUUCCCAUUGAUUUAAAAUAAUUGUAUAAUUAACUACGCAGGACAAACACUUUUAUAGCCCUGAUUUAAAUUACUAGGGUCUAAAAGUUGUAAAAUGCGCUAAAAGCUGUAUGUACUUAUUUAACUGAGCCAAAACCCGGCAGAUUGGAGGAGGGGCUUAAGGGAAACUCGCUCCAUUUUGGCUUUAUGUUGUGCCACUGAGCAACUCUCAAACGCUCUAUCCAGUUCUUAUGAUUAUUGUCAACAUUUUAGGGUUGCUCACUUUCAUUUUAAUCACAAAUGAGGGUUUGGACUAUCAUUUACGUUGCCUAAAUUUUUUUUUAAUUGAGCGUCCUAUUUAUCCUGGGAUUUAGGUUACUGUUAUGUGUAUUUACAUUUUAAAAAGUCAAACGAAAAAAACAAUAUAAAAACAUUCUCUUAAAAUGAUUAUUUUGUCAGGAAAGGACAGAGGCUGUAAUAAACUGGAGUUUCCUUUCAUUGCAUGUGGAUUAAAAAGAGACUUAAAUAAAUCUAGAACGUAUUCAACAUGUCAAUAUGUCAAAUGGCCAACGACAAACAGUUCAAUAUAGGAACUUGUUGCAGCGUCCCACAUCGUUUACACAAGAUUUGGAUCUAGCCCAUUUCUAUCUGCUAUUAACAUGAGUGGAAAGCGACAUGUGGCCUUUGGAUUCACACCUGUCGCGUUGACGCUGCUGUCCACAGUGCUACUGAUGGACGAGUCAUUCAUUUAUUGCCAUCCGAGUUAACCGAUCUGAAUUCUGUGUACAUUUACACCUGGUUUAAAAAACUGAUUCCCUGAUCCAGAUACACGUCUCAUGUUAAUACCAAGUCGAUUCGGGGUCAAACUUUUCUCUUGAGUUUUGUCUGAAGUUGGCUAUCAUCUGUGUGUUUGUUAGUCUCCGAUUGUUGGACAUCUACAGCCGACAUCCACAGGGUUUUUCAUACACCAGUGUGUUUACACGUGCAUUUGGCAGAUGCUCCUAACAACGUUUUGGUUCAUGUGAAAAUCUGCAAGAAGUUCCGGCUGACCCUAAAGCUGCUUUCAUAUGAUAAGUCAUUUUCCCUUCGCCCACUAGAGACUUGUGGGGGAGAAAACACCAAGUUAAGUUUUGUUUCUAUGGUAACCUCCUCCGCUAGCUUGCGCCACUUCAUGCAGCUGUCAUCUGAUUGGUUGCACGUCGAUAGGUCAGCAGAAAACGAGGUUUAAAUAAUUAGAACUAGGAGCAGAGCGCUCCUCGACCCCAGGAAAUGUGCUGGCAAAUGUCUUAGUGGUCAAUCAGUGGUACUACAGUCUCUUUCUAGUCAGAAUCACAUUUUUGGCCAAAAAUGUCCCAUUGGGAAAGAGAUUUCUGGAAACCAGCGGGGUUUUUUUUAGCUACAUUAACUACCCUGUACGAACAAUUUGAUAUCUCUUAUUUAAAUCAUAAGGUUUGAAAAGUUGUAAUAAAAAGCACUUAAAGCUGAAUCCAGAGUUAUUUUCCUUCUCCAUUGAUUUCACUGAGUAAGAGCGGGAGAUCAGAGCGGGGCUCAAGGAAAACUCAAGUGCGCAUGUUUGAGCCCACUUAAAGGGGUAUUUUUGCUCUCAAGUCAGGCCACUUACCAACUUUCUUAGGAAAUAACAGGGUCCUGCCUCCAACGCUGUACCAGUUCUCUUUAUACAUCCUUGAUGGCUAUGUCCCCUGCUAGCUUGUACUACUUCAUACAGCUGUCGUGUGAUUGGUUGAGUGUCGAAAGGUCAGUGAUAAAGGAGGUUAAAGUUGAAAUAGCUAGAAUUUUGAGAGCAGUGCUCGGCAACGGGACUCUGAAAUGUUGCGGCAUCUCGCCCGGGGGGCGGGGUUACGUACUGCGUCACAUCUCUCAUGCGGGUUCGCCGAACCUAGUGCGCGUACCAUAGGGCGCACAGAGCUAGCGAACCUAGGUCUUAGAUCUAACAAGUUAUGCUUUUUACAACAAGCUUUUUGAUGGAAAAGUGGUGUUUAAUUUCCAUAAUCUUUGUUUAAUGAACGCAUAAAACCGUCAGUUUGUAAGCGAAAUUAAGAAUUACGAUAUUUGAGUUUGUUUAUCGUUACCCAGUAACCGAGGCUAUAAGGGUUGUAAAUUAUUGCAAUUUCAUCACUCAUGACAAGUGUCGUAGCACAGUGGUUAGAGGAGCGGGAUUACACCGAAAGAUCUAUGGAUCAAAUCCAGCAUCAAUCAUUGUUCCAAUGUUCGUUUUGGACUGGAUAUUUACAUGCCAACACAAAAAGUUGUAAAAGUAGCCAAAUAAGAGUUCGUUAGUGUGUCUACAGUUUAAGUGCAUUUAUAGUAUAUAGUAUAUAUGAUUAGCAUGCUAAGCGGAUAUUUAGCUUUAUCCAAUGCUGACUUAUGAAAUGGGGAUGUGUUCCUCCUGUUUAGUUAAUAUUUCGACUGUUAAUGGGCAAGAUACAUUUUGCUUGGUGUAGCCUAAUGCACACUAUGAUUUGGAGUUAAGUCCAGUUACGAGUUAAGUUUCCACACGCACAUACACUCAAGUAGACCUAUCCUGUCCCAGCUUGAAGUAGCCUUUGAUGAAGGUAUACAGCAUGAGAGAUGUGACGCAGUACGUAACCCCGCCCCCCGGGCGAGAUGCCCCAAAAUGUCAAGAGUCCCGCUCGGCGACACGUGACGCUGAGGGUAGCGCUUCCACCGGGUUGGGCGGCACCUCUUUGUCCAUCGAAACAAAACAACAACGUCAGCGCAGAGCAGUUUUACUGCCUAUCAUGUGAAUGCAGCUUCAGAGACCUGGCCAGGUGAGAAAAUAUUGACACAGACAGUAACAUCAAACUAAAAUUGACUUUAUUAUUUCACAUUUUUGGACUAAUUGCAGAUUUGAAGAUGGCAAACUGUAUUCUUAGGGAAGCCUGUUGGUCUGCCUCGACAGUUUUCCCACGCAGGGAAUGAGGCCUGUCACGGUGCUUACUUUUACAUAAUUUUGCCAAAUUUGUUACAAUUAGAGAAGCUCCGACAUGACUCCCCUAUUUGUAUAUAGGAUGUCCACAUGAAGGCAGGACACGCAGGAGAAUGAGCGCCCCCACCUGGCAGGAAGCAGAUGUACUGUGUGAGGGUUUUGGGGAUAUGAAUAUGUAUACAUCUCUUUCCUCCGCUGAUUGUAAAGCCCAGUAGAAUGGGAUGAAAGUGCAAUAGUUUCUUCUUCUACAAAACCUGACACUCUCCUCUCUUAAGGAAAGGUUCAAUCAUUCCUUCCCCUUUAAUUCAUAUUUUUAUAACGUUACGUACAAGUUUUGUUCUAUUUAAGGAAAAGGAAAGAGGACUGAGUAAGUCCAAUUUGUAUAUAGACGUUAGAAGGUGUUUAUGAAUCAGAUUUAUUUAUUGGAAACGACAGGGACAUUGUUUUUUUGGUUUGUUUUUUUACACCGAUGUGAAAGUGCCAAUGAUAAAAGGAAUGACUUUAAAUGUUAAAAGCCAAAAAUGGACCACGGCUGUUUCCUGAUUUGUAUUUUAAAAGAAUCUCAGGCUUGGGAACAAAAAUGGAAUAAUGUGUCAUGCUUCCAGGUUUUGACUGCGACAGAAUCUUUUUUUGUUUUAGCUAAGCAGCAACACAGAACAGUGAAAACACCAUCUGGAGAGCCAGCAGGGCCAGCCAAUGAUGAAGUCGACAAAAUGAUUUAAUCUUGUGGUUUUAGUUGUUGUUGUCGAUCCAUUUUUGUCCGGAUAUGAUUCAAAACUUUGAUUCCUCUGCACAUUUUUUUGUGAUUUUUAAUUAGCUAUACUGUAGAUCCCAAUUCUGGUUUUGAAGUAUUUCUCAUUCAGUGUACCAUCCUUCAUUUCAUCUGUCAU